AUGCAUCGAUAUUUUAAAAAAUCAAGGAAUGAUUCAACUUCUAGUUCAAGUAUUGCAACCCCGAAUCCGACUGUGAACCAGGAUGGAAUUAAUGUUGCAAGUGUUGAAGCUAAUCCGGAAGACAUAGUUAGUGACCCAAGUGCGAUUUUGAAUCAAGAAAGAAUUAAUGAUGAAGUUACUCCAGAAAACAUAGUUAGUGACCCGGGGCUACGGAGUCCUAUUGCUAGAUAUGAUGUUCAAAUAAGGGAUCGCAUUCGAAGAGAAUACGUCUCUAAGGGACCUUGUCAACCGAAAGGUCAUGUCUUUAGGCAAACUUUGUAUGGUAAAGAGAAAAGGAGCUUCCAAGUUAAAUGGUUUGAAAGACAUGUAUGGUUGGAAUAUAGUGUUGAAAAAGAAGCGGCAUUUUGUUUUUGGUGUUAUCUUUUCAAGCCUAUUAAUGCCAAUCGUUUUGGAGACGACGUAUUCGUGAGCACGGACUUUAAAAAUUGGAAAAAGACGCUUGCUAUUUUUAGAGAACAUGAAGGUUCAGCAAAUAGCACACAUGAUCAGGCCAGAAUACUUUUUGAAGGGUUUAAAAAUCAAAGACAAAGUGUUGAUUACAAUUUGAGGAAAUAUGAUAAGGAAGACGAAGUCAACUACCGCAUUAGCUUGACUGCUUCUUUAGAUGUGAUUCGAUUAUUGUUAAGACAGGGAUUGACAUUUUAUGGGAAUGAUGAAUCAUUUGAGUCUACAAACAAUGGAAAUUUUCUAGAGAUACUUAAAUGGUAUUGUGAGCAUAAAGAGGAGGUAACUGCAGUUACAUUGGAGAAUGCUCCAGGUAAUAAUCAGAUGACUAGUCCUUUGAUUCAAAAGGAAUUAACAAAUUGUUGUGCCGUUGAGACUACGAAAGUUAUUUUGGAAGAUAUUGACCAUCGCAAAUUCUCUCUAUUGGUUGAUGAAGCGCGAGAUGCAUCGGUAAAAGAGCAAAUGGCUUUGGUUAUUAGAUACAUGAACAAUAAUGGAGAGAUUGUAGAAAGAUUCUUAGCCUUGGUACAUGUCAGUGAUACUACAGCAAAGUCAUUGAAGGAAGAGAUUUACUCAGUGUUUGCUAAAGCAUGCUUUAUCUUUAUCAAGGUUAAGAGAUCAAGGCUAUGA